GAUUCAGCCGUGGGCUGGUGGUAGAGACAAGGGUUCCUUUGCUGUGAUCUUGCUAUAAACUCCAUGGGAUUGUUCUUUAAUUCAGGGCCUUAUCCUGUCAUAAAAUAUGAGAUAAGAAUGUGCUGCGAAGCACUAGACAGGCUGGAAGCCUGCUCCCAUACAUAUGUCAUUAAAUCCUUAAAGGAACAUGGGCAAAAGAUAAACCAAGGGCAAGAAAACCUGCAGUCGCGAAGGCAACACGGUCCAUUAGUAAGUGACAGAGCCGACCUAGAGUACAGAUCCACUCAUCCCGUAAUAGGCGCAAGGCGAUCUGCUUUGCCCGCAGCGCUCCGGGACACCCGGCUACGGGUUAGCGCUCCAUCCCCGGGGCUCUGCGGAGCCGGUAGUAGUGGGCAACACAGGUAACAGGCAAAGCCAACCGCCAACCGAGAGCGGAAGUCGGGGAACCUAGCCAAUAAGAGUGCGGGCAAUUUUCUUUGCUUCACAAUGGUGGGUUCUUUCCAGUCCGCUGGAGACAAAGGCGGGGCAACGUUGGGGCGCGGCCGCUGAUUGGACAAAUUGAAAGCCUUUAGCCCUAUCAAGGAGCACCACGUGGGCGGGACUCCAGGAGCCAGUUCUGCAGGGAGCUGCAGCUUGGUCUGUCUCCCAGGCAGGCGCUGAGUCGCCGCCGCCAGCUGGGGGCGCGGGAAGGCGGGGCUCGGAUGCAAUCGGGACCUCCUCCUGGGCUGGGCCGGGGGCAGACUCCCGGACCCAGGGCGCCGGGAGACGGCGGGCUACCUGCGAGUCGAGUUAGCGUUGUCGCCGAACCGAAGUGAGAGGGCACGGGGAAGGGUCAAAGAGCGUACCGAAGCGCUGGAGGGAGCUUCACGGACGCGAGUUAGGCACCGGCUCGCCUAAUCCGGUACUAAUCCGGCUUGCUGCUUCCCGUCCAGGCCUCGCUCGCCAUGGGGGAAGUGGAGAUCUCGGCCCUGGCCUACUUGAAGAUGUGCCUGCAUGCUGCCCGGUACCCACACGCCGCAGUCAACGGGCUGUUUCUGGCGCCAGCGCUGCGGUCCGGAGAAUGCCUGUGCCUCACCGACUGUGUGCCCCUCUUCCACAGCCACCUGGCCCUGUCCGUCAUGUUGGAGGUCGCCCUCAACCAGGUGGAUGUGUGGGGAGCACAGGCUGGUUUGGUGGUGGCUGGUUACUACCAUGCCAAUGCAGCUGUGAAUGAUCAGAGCCCUGGGCCCCUGGCCUUGAAAAUUGCUGGGCGAAUUGCAGAAUUCUUCCCUGAUGCAGUACUUAUUAUGUUGGAUAAUCAGAAACUGGUGCCUCAGCCUCGUGUGCCCCCGGUCAUCGUCCUGGAGAACCAAGGUCUCCGCUGGGUCCCUAAGGAUAAGAACUUAGUGAUGUGGAGGGACUGGGAAGAGUCACGGCAGAUGGUGGGAGCUCUACUGGAAGAUAGGGCCCACCAGCACCUUGUGGACUUUGACUGCCACCUUGAUGACAUCCGGCAGGACUGGACCAACCAGCGGCUCAACACUCAAAUCACCCAGUGGGUUGGUCCCACUAAUGGAAAUGGAAAUGCCUGAGCCAGGGCCAGCGGGGUCCGGAUCCAAUAAAGAGACUUGGGCUGAUA